AUGAUCUAACGAAGAAUAAGUCUAUUGGAUAAUAUCUAUUUGGUAAGCAAUAAAUAAUUAAAUAAAAAAGCAAAAACUUUAGGCGAAGGCACUUUUGGUAAAGUCAAAUUAGCAACUCACGUUUUGACUGGAGAGAAAGUAGCUAUCAAAAUUUUAGAGAAGUAAAAGAUAGCUGAUGCUUCUGACGUAGAAAGAGUAACAAGAGAGAUUCAAAUUUUGAAAUAAGUUCGACAUCCUAACUUAGUAUAAUUAUAUGAAGUAUAUUUGGGUUUUUAUCAGAUAAUAGAAACACCUAAACAAUUAUUUUUAGUGAUGGAAUAUGUUAAUGGGGGUGAACUUUUCGAGUAUAUCGUUUAAAAUUAGAGAAUAAAAGAUGUUGAGGCUGUUCGAUUCUACAGUUAAUUAAUAUCUGGAAUAGAGUAUUUGCACAAAUUGCAUAUAGUGCAUCGUGAUUUAAAGCCUGAGAACUUGAUUCUUGAUGGCAGAGGAAAAAUAAAGAUUAUCGAUUUUGGAUUGUCAAAUUUUUAUAAAUAAGAUGAUCUGUUGAAAACAGCAUGUGGGUCCCCUUGUUAUGCUGCUCCCGAAAUGAUAGCUGGAAAAAGAUAUUCGGGACUUUAGGUGGAUAUUUGGAGUUCAGGAGUGAUACUUUUCGCAAUGUUAGCAGGUUAUUUACCAUUUGAAGAUCCAAACACAACCCAAUUAUAUAAGAAAAUAAUAUCUGGGGAUUUCAAGUUCCCGAAGUAUCUUACCAAUGAUGCAAAAGACCUGAUUAAAAAUGUUUUAAACACUGACCCAUAAAAAAGAUAUACAAUUCUCGAAAUAAGAAAGCACUGUUGGCUUAAUUUUUGUAUAAUUAUCAUCUUAUCAAGUUUUAAAAAGAUAAUUAAAAGAUACCAACUGGACUGAUUGUUGGUCAUCAUAAGAUUCCCAUUGAUCCAGAAAUUUUAAAAUCAUUGAUUCAGUAUGGAAUCGCGGCAGAAUAUGCUGAGAAGUGCAUUGAAACUAAUCGACACAAUCAUGUUACAACAACAUAUUAUCUAUUACUCAAAAAAUACAUCGUUGCUGGAAAUAAGUCAAUAGCAGGUUCGCAUUCCAAAUUUAAAAUUAGAUAUUAGUUCUGAUGUAUUUGAACCGUAACGAAUUUCCAUAAGACAAUCAACAUACACUGAUAGAAAAUAAACCGUCCCCACCAAUCCAUUACCAUUGAUACAACGAUAAAGUACAUUAGAGCAAAUAUACAUUUAUUAGGUCGACAUAAUAAUACAAUGUAAUUGGAGGAUUCCCUUAUUGAUACCAAACCAAGAUUAAACAAUUCCGUUAAUACUUAGAACACUAUUUAAUAAUAAUCUCCUACUAUCCUGAAUCAUUCUGUUGAUGUGAGAAGGAAAAUAACUUUAGAUUUACAACAAACUACAGUGUUAGAUGGAGGUUAAUUCUAGUAAUCUAACGAUAUAAAGGUCCUAAAGUUAAAGACUCCUGUCAAUAGAAAUUAUAUAUUGUCAGAAUAUUAUGGCAGAUUUCCAAGAAAAUCCAGAAAUCAAGAUAGAUCAUCAUCAGUUGAUAAAGACCAAUCUUAUUAUUAGACAUUUUACAAAGGAACUUCUGUCCCAAAAAAAUGA